GUGCGGACUGCGCAGGUGCGCGCCAGAGGCGCGGCCUUCUCACCCCCACGCAGAUCUCGCUGCGUGAGGGUGGGAAGGCGAUCGCGGGCUUGACUGCAGGUAGAACCCGGGGCCGCGCGAGCCGGCGGAGGUCUCAGAGACCUCGCGAGAGGGGCGCGGGCGAGGCCCCGCGGGACGGCCGUUGCGAGCGCGGUGGCGGCGGGCCUGGCCUGUGCUGGACGGAGCCCGCGAGUGUGGGCCCGGGGGUGCCGAGGCCGCGCGCUGCGAAGGCGAGCCAGCCGCAACCCCCAUGCUGUGAGUCCUAAAGGCGAGCCCUCUGGACCUGGCCGCUCCCUAGGCCACGCCCCAGCCUGGGAAGAUGGAGGGGGACCGGCGGAGCAGUCCGCCCAGCCAGAGCCUGCUUCCCGAUGGCCACUUGGUCCUAUGGACGCUGUUCUCCGUGCUGCUGCCGGUGUUCAUCACCUUCUGGUGUAGCCUUCAGCGGUCGCGCCGGCAACUGCAUCGCAGGGACAUCUUCCGCAAGAGCAAGCACUGCUGGCGUGACACCGACCUGUUCAGCCACCCCACCUACUGCUGCGUGUGCGGGCAGCACAUCCUUCAGGGAGCCUUCUGCGACUGCUGCGGGCUCCGCGUGGACGAGGGCUGCCUCAAGAAGGCGGACAAGCGCUUCCCGUGCAAGGAGAUCAUGCUCAAGAACGACGGCCGGGCCACAGAUGCCAUGCCUCACCACUGGAUCCGCGGCAACGUGCCCCUGUGCUCUUACUGUGUCGUCUGCAAGCAGCAGUGCGGCAGCCAGCCUAAGCUCUGCGAUUACAGGUGCAUUUGGUGCCAGAAAACAGUCCAUGACGAGUGCAUGAAGAGCAGCUUAAAGAAUGAAAAGUGUGACUUUGGAGAAUUCAAAAAUCUAAUCAUCCCACCUGGUUAUUUGGCAUCCAUUAACCAGAUGCGUAAAGACAAAAGGACAGAUUAUGAAGCGCUGGCUUCUAAGUUUGGAAAGCAGUGGACCCCAUUAAUAAUCCUGGCCAACUCUCGCAGUGGAACUAACAUGGGAGAAGGGCUGUUGGGGGAGUUUAGGAUCCUGUUAAAUCCAGUCCAGGUGUUCGAUGUAACUAAAACGCCCCCGAUCAAGGCCCUGCAGCUGUGCACUCUUCUUCCUUAUCACUCAGUUCGUGUCCUUGUUUGCGGAGGGGACGGAACUGUGGGCUGGGUCCUCGAUGCAGUUGAUGAAAUGAAGAUUAAGGGACAAGAAAAGUACAUUCCACAGGUUGCGGUCUUACCUCUGGGAACAGGCAACGAUCUGUCCAAUACCCUGGGUUGGGGUACAGGCUAUGCUGGAGAAAUCCCGGUCGCACAGGUCUUAAGAAAUGUAAUGGAAGCAGAUGGAAUCAAGCUAGACCGAUGGAAAGUGCAAGUAACAAAUAAAGGAUACUACAAUUUAAGAAAACCCAAGGAGUUCACAAUGAACAACUACUUCUCUGUUGGACCUGAUGCCCUCAUGGCUCUCAAUUUUCACGCUCAUCGUGAGAAGGCACCGUCUCUGUUUUCCAGCAGAAUUCUUAACAAGGCUGUCUAUUUAUUCUAUGGAACUAAAGAUUGUUUAGUGCAAGAGUGUAAAGAUUUGAAUAAAAAAAUUGAGCUAGAACUGGAUGGUGAGCGAGUAGAACUGCCUAAUUUGGAAGGUAUUAUCGUCCUGAACAUUGGCUAUUGGGGCGGCGGCUGCAGACUGUGGGAAGGAAUGGGAGACGAGACUUACCCUCUAGCCAGGCAUGAUGAUGGUUUACUGGAAGUUGUUGGAGUGUAUGGGUCUUUCCACUGUGCUCAAAUCCAAGUGAAACUGGCAAAUCCUUUUCGAAUAGGACAAGCACACACAGUGCGGCUGAUUUUGAAGUGCUCAAUGAUGCCAAUGCAGGUGGAUGGGGAGCCUUGGGCCCAGGGACCCUGUACUGUCACCAUAACACACAAGACACAUGCUUUGAUGCUCUGCUUCUCUGGGGAGCAGUCGGAUGACGACAUCUCAAGUGCCUCGGAUCAAGAGGACGCAAAGAGAGCUGAGUAGGGUGAGCUGAAGCAGCAGCUGUCCAAACCAGAGACACGUGGUCGCCCACAGGAAGUGCUGUCAGCACUUGUCUUCAUUUCAUUCCUAGUGUAAUGGGUGUGAGCUUAUGUAGACAGCAUUUCCACAGCUAGACUUCAGUGUCACAAACACCUUCUCUUAGCAAGAACCUCUCAUCAUUUAUUACUAACUUUGGAAAAACACGCAAAGUUGCACGGAGAUGAACUGUUUUUCCUGACUGGGUGUUUUGAGACUGGCGCCCACUGCAGCAUGCACUGUCUUGAGUGACAGUUGAUAGACAGAGUGAGGAUGAGAAGACCAUUUCCCUCUUAGUUUUUGAUACGGUGACAACGUAACACUUUAAAAAUUAACUUGCUUUUUGAACUGCCGUGGUUAACGCUGGGCUUUCUCCUGCAGUGUGGUUCCUAAGAUUUCCCAGCCCCCAGCCAGAUGGACCUACAUCCUGAUUUCUGGGAGCCCCUGAGGAGAAAAGAGAAAGAGCAAAGACACUUUAAGCUUUCACAGCAUUUAUUUUCUAUCAUAGCUUUUAGGCCUCUGGGUGUUUAUUUAAUGACCAUAUUGAGCUGAAAUGCAAAAUUCUUUUUUUUUUUUUUUAAGUUGUUUUUGUUUGGGCAGUACUAGGGUUUGAACCUAGGUCCUCUGGAAGGAAGUGUAGACAGAUGCUCUACUACUGAACUGCACUCCCAGUCCCGUGUGUGUGUGUGUGUGUGUGUGUGUGUGUGUGUUGGGUGGAUGGGUCUAAAGUAAGAUUAAGAGCACUUUGGGUUGGGAGCUCUAUAAUUCACCAGCUUCUCUGUUGAUUAAAAGAUAGUGUUGACAGUGGGGAAAAAUACACAUAAGGGAAGCUUCUGAGUUAGAUUAAUUAUUCAAAAAAACAAUUCUAGGCUGACUGCCUUCGCAUCAAGUGAGCAGUCUUGUGUUGUGAAACACUGCAGGACUUCCACAGCAUCAGCCUUGGAGAAGGGAGCUCUGCUGAGAUGUUUAUAUCAUAUUUAUUUCAAAAUUAGAAAGAUAUAUAUUUUUAACUUAAUUUAUUAUUAUCCUUGUGGUAUGAUCCUUGUGGUUAGCAUUUACACUGUAUUGUACAGCUUUAGCUAGUGAAGUGGUCACGUAAGUCUGCUGGUCACAGUCACAUAGAACUCUCCUUUGGUUUCCAUGGCAUCAUACUCACUAUGCUCAUUUCUCAGACUUGAAAAGGGAAGGCACAUGAUGAAGACCUUGGGGUAACAAGCUUGGUUUCAUCGCACCUCCACCCUCUGUUGCCAAGGACUUACUGAAAGGCAGUUCCACAGCUCUCCAUUAGAGGGUGCUCUUCUGUUGUCAGUGGCCUGCCUCUGUAUUUGGUCACACCCAUUGGGCAUCUAACCCUGUGUAUUUCUGACAAAUGGCAUGUUUGCACUUGGUGGUCUUGCAUGAAUUAAUUUCUGAAAGACUAGAAUCUAUUCUCAGAACCACCAUUUAUCUCCCGUUUAAAUGGUUUGUUAUGAAUCUACAGUCAGUGAAUUGCCAUAAACUUCAGUCUGAGUCACCUCAGGCCUAGGCCAUGCGUUUGGAAGGCCAAUUUAGUAAUGUCUAUUAAUGCAUACAUCAUCUAAAGUGAAUUUUCACUGUGAAAUUAACCUCUUCCAGCUGAUGCCAAAUUCUCCCAUUGAAAGAUGCUCUACAGUCUCUCCCAGCUCCCUCAUGCACCUUCCCUGGAUAAUGAUAGCCGAGGGCAUGCGAGAGUUUGCAGCACUCCCUUGUGAACGGAUCCUGUUUGGAGUGCGAUGAACUUCAUCCUUAGAUUCAUGGUCAGGAUUGCUAAGAUGUCACCCUCUGAGGCACACUCUUACUUUUACCGUUCAUCUGUAGUGGAAACAAAUCGUUAAUUUGGAGCUAUCAAUCAGAAUCCUUCAGGUAACUCCAGAGAUGCCCUAGUUAGAGCAGGCGUGUGUCCCCUUCCCACAACACACUAUACUGAUUUUCUGAGGCCUUGCUCACCCGGAUCUCAUCUGCACCUUUCACAACACCGCACCACGAAAUGUACAGUAUUGUUCUACAGCUCACACUUUUAGCCGCUAGUUCACCCCAGCAUUCCAGAUAAAUGUAUAGGCAUGUGCCUUGUUUGAAUACAAUUUGUAAGACUUGGUGUUUGCAAGUUAUAUAUUAGGUAGUGGUAGCUUACAUUCCCAGGGUCUCUACUUCACACACUGGGUCACCACGAGAUCCUCUGUCCCAUUUAAAGUUGUCUCGAUAGCAACAUAACUUACAUGUUCUCAGGAAAAAUUAGAAACCAUCUAUCUUCACACCUCUUGUCUUUUUCUGCCCUGAUACAUUCCUAAUGCCCAUACACUUAAUGGCUUAAACACCAAAUACCUGGCAGCUCCUCUUGGUCCUUAGAUAGAUAGUUUCUAAUGCUUUAUUAUAUUAUAUUAUAUAUAUGUGUAUAUAUAUUAAGUCAGAGGCACUUCUGUCUCGAACAGAAAUUGCCCAACAGUGAGGUCACUAAAUAUAAAUGUUCUGAAUUUUCUGUAACUCUUCGCUGUGAACGUGUAAUGUAGCUGAUAUUUAUAAACAUUUUAUAGUGAAACUAUUUAUUUUAUUUUUUUAGAGUAUGAAAUCUGUAGUAGUUGCCUUUUGAACAUUUGUGUACCUGGUUGUAACAUAGACUGACUCAGAAAAGUUCUUAUCUUUGCUGUAAACUGGGUGCUUCUACCAGCAUGUCAAAAAGAGGCAUUUUCAUCUGUAAUAUAAAGUCAAAUAUUUCUAAUGUACACUGUGGGUUUUUUAAUUUGCCCUAGUUAGAAAACUUGAAAGAUUAUGUUAAUUUGCACAUCGAUGUGAACCUAAAUACAUAAUCUGACCAGAAAA